GACUUUUAUCAACUUUGAUUGCUCAGUCAUUAAUUACUUUAUUCUUUCAGGAACACUAAUUGAAGACAUUAUGAUUAUCACUUUCAAUGUGCAGGCCACAGAUAUUAAAAAAUGUGAAUGAGGUGCUGACCUUAUGGAACUUCCAUAUUGUACCGUUAAGGUGCAUCGUUUAAUGUGCCUAGAGCUUAAGAAAUGCAUCGACAAAAUCUCGCAGAUAUUUUCGUCCAUUGAAUCUUCUCGACCAGGAUGCCAAUCAGGAAUGAAGGUUCUGUGCGCUUUACACCUUGCCAUGGAGAGAGCCAAUUCACUUAUUCUGCACUGCUCUGAGUCUAGUAAACUCUACUUGGCAAUCACAGGGUAUAAGAUUUUGUUGAGAUGUGAAAAAAUACGAAACACAUUGGAGUCAUGUUUAAGCCAAAUUCAAAAUAUGGUUCAUCCAGUUAUGGCUGCUCAGGUUUGUCCUACUCUAACGCUAUAGCCUUUUCUUGUUUAUGUACCCUUCAGUGCAAUUUGGUGUUCCAGAUGUUCUGUCAUAAGCUAAUGUCUGAGCACUAUGUGCAAGUCCAGCUGUUUCUUAUAGUGAGCAAUGUCUGUAUCACAUUUCUCCAGGGCAUGCAAAUGUAGCUUUUUUUUUAAUCCUUCUAGGAGGAGUGAUAAUUUCUUUUGUUCCUCCGUUUGUGAACCAUUUUGCAAAGUUUAACAUUUAGCUUCUUUAACAGAUAUCAGACGGUGUAACCACAAUCUUAAUUUGAUAGAGUUUGUCCUUCUUUCCAUAAUAUGUUAAGAGUUUGCCUCCAUAUGGAGUUUGCAUUCUUCAUAUAUUUGUACGA